AUGGACUUCCUUGCAUCUGCCAAAAAUCCCUGCUUUACAGGAUUGGGAGAUCCUAGCGUUUGGUCAUGA